AUGUCGCUGGAGGUGGAUCGUAUAUCAGAACGUGAGAAACAUCACAAAAAGCAUGUGUUAAUGGAGUUGAUAUUGUGUGUUCGUGAAAAAUGCGCUCGCCCGCAGCGUGCCUCCUCGCGGGAGUGGCUCUCGCCCUGCCCAGCCGUGAGCGUCGGGACUCCAGCGAACUGUUCUUCAAUCUGCCUGCCAACGCCUCGCUGCUGCUCGGAGGAAUCAACACUGCCCUCUGACGGCGACUCUUCUCCAGGUUUCGGCUGCGGUGAUCUUCCCUACGGCAUGUACGCUGACGAGGCCAACAACUGCGCCGUCUUCCACGUGUGUCUGCCCUACAUCGACGGCGACACGUACAUCACCCGCCACUUCUCCUUCCUGUGCGGCGAGGGCACCAUGUUCGACCAGGAACGCCUUAUCUGCGACUUCCCCGAGAACUCCAUCGCGUGCUCUGAGUCAGUCAACUACAGGAAGUCCAACGAGUACUUCGGUCGUGACGUCAACUUCCUGGAAUAG